CGGCGGCUCCCUCCCGGCUCGCGGCGUCGGGGCCCGUGGCGCGCGCGCGCGGCCGCCCCUCGGCCCCGGAGCCCCUCGGCGGCGCCACCAUGUACUCGGGAGCCGGCCCCGGGCCAUUUCUUUGGGUGUUGCCAAGAACCAGGCUGUGACAGAUUGGAAUUUCCCAGAGAGUUUUUUUUACCAAGAGAGGAAGAAAAGAAAAGACUUACAGGAACUGUGGCCUGCAUGAAGUGCUCGCACCUCCCGCGCCGCCGCCGCCACCCAUCCAAGGAUAUGCCUUCAAGCCUCCGCCUAGACCCGACUUCGGGACCUCCGGGAGAACAAUCAAGUUACAGGCCAACUUCUUUGAAAUGGACAUUCCAAAAAUUGACAUCUAUCAUUAUGAAUUGGAUAUCAAGCCAGAGAAAUGCCCGAGGAGAGUUAACAGGGAAAUAGUGGAACAUAUGGUCCAGCACUUUAAAACACAGAUCUUUGGGGAUCGGAAACCAGUGUUUGAUGGAAGAAAGAAUCUCUACACAGCAAUGCCCCUUCCGAUUGGGAGGGAUAAGGUGGAGCUGGAGGUCACGUUGCCUGGAGAAGGGAAAGACCGCAUCUUCAAGGUGUCCAUCAAGUGGGUGUCCUGCGUGAGCUUACAGGCGUUACACGAUGCACUUUCGGGGCGGCUGCCCAGCGUCCCCUUUGAGACGAUCCAGGCCCUGGAUGUGGUCAUGAGGCAUUUGCCAUCCAUGAGGUACACCCCUGUGGGCCGCUCCUUCUUUACAGCGUCCGAGGGCUGCUCCAACCCUCUUGGCGGGGGCCGGGAAGUGUGGUUUGGCUUCCAUCAGUCCGUCCGACCUUCCCUUUGGAAAAUGAUGUUAAAUAUCGAUGUCUCAGCAACUGCAUUUUAUAAGGCACAGCCAGUAAUUGAGUUUGUUUGUGAAGUUUUGGAUUUUAAAAGUAUUGAAGAACAACAGAAACCUCUGACAGAUUCCCAAAGGGUAAAGUUUACCAAAGAAAUCAAAGGUCUAAAGGUGGAGAUAACGCACUGUGGGCAGAUGAAGAGGAAAUACCGCGUGUGCAACGUGACCCGGCGGCCCGCCAGCCACCAAACAUUCCCGCUCCAGCAGGAGAGCGGGCAGACGGUGGAGUGCACGGUGGCCCAGUACUUCAAGGACAGGCACAAGCUGGUUCUGCGCUACCCCCACCUCCCGUGUUUACAAGUCGGACAGGAGCAGAAACACACCUACCUUCCCCUCGAGGUCUGUAACAUAGUGGCAGGACAGAGAUGUAUCAAAAAACUGACCGACAAUCAGACCUCAACCAUGAUCAGAGCGACAGCCAGGUCAGCACCGGAUCGGCAAGAAGAGAUUAGCAAGCUGAUGCGAAGUGCAAGUUUUAAUACAGAUCCGUAUGUUCGUGAAUUUGGAAUCAUGGUCAAGGACGAGAUGACAGACGUGACCGGGCGGGUCCUCCAGCCGCCCUCCAUCCUCUACGGGGGCAGGAAUAAAGCGAUUGCCACCCCUGUCCAGGGCGUGUGGGACAUGAGGAACAAGCAGUUUCACACAGGCAUUGAGAUCAAGGUGUGGGCCAUCGCGUGCUUCGCCCCCCAGCGCCAGUGCACAGAAGUCCACCUUAAAUCCUUCACAGAGCAGCUCAGAAAGAUCUCGAGGGAUGCUGGAAUGCCGAUCCAGGGCCAGCCGUGCUUCUGUAAAUAUGCCCAGGGGGCGGAUAGCGUGGAGCCCAUGUUCAGGCAUCUGAAGAAUACGUACGCUGGCCUUCAGCUGGUGGUAGUCAUCCUGCCUGGCAAGACCCCGGUGUAUGCCGAGGUCAAGCGUGUGGGGGACACGGUGCUAGGGAUGGCCACGCAGUGUGUGCAGAUGAAGAACGUGCAGAGGACCACGCCGCAGACCCUGUCCAACCUCUGCUUGAAGAUCAACGUCAAACUGGGAGGCGUGAACAACAUCCUGCUGCCCCAGGGGAGGCCGCCCGUGUUCCAGCAGCCUGUCAUCUUUCUGGGGGCCGACGUCACUCACCCACCCGCUGGGGACGGGAAGAAGCCUUCCAUUGCUGCCGUCGUGGGCAGCAUGGACGCGCACCCCAACCGCUACUGCGCCACCGUGCGGGUUCAGCAGCACCGGCAGGAGAUCAUCCAGGACCUGGCCACCAUGGUCCGUGAGCUCCUCAUCCAGUUCUACAAGUCCACGCGCUUCAAGCCCACGCGCAUCAUCUUCUACCGCGACGGCGUCUCCGAGGGCCAGUUCCAGCAGGUUCUCCACCAUGAGUUGCUGGCCAUCCGCGAGGCAUGUAUCAAGUUAGAAAAGGACUACCAGCCAGGGAUCACCUUCAUAGUGGUACAGAAAAGGCACCACACGCGGCUCUUCUGCACCGACAAGAAUGAGAGGGUUGGGAAAAGUGGAAACAUUCCAGCAGGCACAACUGUGGACACGAAAAUCACCCACCCGACCGAGUUUGACUUCUACCUGUGUAGUCACGCUGGCAUCCAGGGAACAAGCAGGCCUUCCCACUAUCACGUGCUUUGGGAUGACAAUCGUUUCUCUUCCGACGAGCUGCAGAUUCUCACCUACCAGCUGUGUCACACCUACGUGCGCUGCACGCGGUCCGUGUCCAUCCCGGCGCCAGCGUACUACGCCCACCUGGUGGCUUUCCGGGCCAGGUACCACCUGGUGGACAAAGAACAUGACAGUGCUGAAGGAAGCCAUACCUCCGGGCAGAGUAAUGGACGAGACCACCAAGCGUUGGCAAAGGCAGUCCAGGUUCAUCAGGACACCCUGCGCACCAUGUACUUUGCUUGACAUGUUUUAGUGUUUACGAUUGUGUACCGAGUUGGAUUCACAUGAGACCAGCUACACUCAGACCAACAGAUGCCCAGCCCUUCCGUGACAGCCAGCAUUGAACAUGAGACGUCAUUGAUUUUAGUAGAUUCUCCAUUUUCCAGAAUGCCUUCCGUCCCAGAUUUCAAACUUGGAUUUUGAACUGCAGACCUGUAUGAGACCCCAUUGUCGUAGGAAAUAUGGUUUGCCAAAAUCUAUAAGCUGCUUAUAAAAUAGAGUCCCGUGUUUCCUAAAAAUCUCCUAAAACCAGUCUAUGAACUCAGGGCUUUAAAACAUUUUUAAUUUAUUUGGUCAUUCAAUUUACUUGUUUUUAACACAUGAUUCUCAAUGGAAUUGGUGGGCUCAAACUAGCUGUGAACGUUUUCAGAGAGGUGAAAGCAACACAGAGCACAGCUGUGGUUUUAAAGCCUUGAGCAUUCUGAGGUGGUCACUAAAGUUUAUGUCAGAGUGGUACUAGUGUGCCCCUGACAGGGCUGGCGCCAGCUCUUCGAGACCGAGGGCAGGUGGCCCGCCGAGGCGCCCACCGGCGUCUGGAACCGCCACUGCCCGCCUUUCACUCAGCUCGAAAUAAGGAGCGGGGGCAGAAGAUGGGCCGUGUGUGUUUACAACAUUUAUAGGUCCAGAGCGAUUGGCAGACAAGUGCCAUUUUAAUAAAAAUUUAUUUAAAAAAAGAAAAAAGACAGUAUGCCGACAGUCUAAUCAUAAGAUUUGUCCUAUAGGACUGUGACAUUUAUUUUCCAAAGUUUCUAAAGAAUACGGGUCUGUGGUGAUAAAUACAGUACAAUCCUUUUUCACUGUUAUGUCUUUAAUGUAAGAGAAAAAAUAUAUAUAUCUGGUUUGCAGUAUUAAUGUGAUAGAUAGAUGCUGUUUUUCAUUUUAUUGACUACGGGGUGCUUAUUGUGAUCUGUUUAGCAUAUCACGAGUGUUUGGGAGCCUGGUGACUGGACCACCUCCUGUGGUUCUCAGUGCUGACGUACAGGAGUAUGCACUUGAGUCAAUGUGACCGCCACCCGCCUUCCCCCGUGUACAUUGCGUAGCCUGUACCUGCAGGAGGACUGAGCGCGGGCACGGUGGCCCCACGCCGCCGCCGCCCCUCCUCCUGUCCCUGCGUGUUGCUCAGCCGAUUAAGCACAAACGGAAUGUAUUUAUUCUUCCAUUCCUGGGAAACAAGUCCAUGUGUCAGAGUGUACCUCUCUGUGUGUAUGGUUCUGUUAGACGAGUUUCGUAGGAUCUAUGCACUGAAAUGCGCGGAGAGCUGGUGGUCUGCAGCGAGCCCCGGCCCUCGGAGGUGGCUGGCUUGCAAGGCCAGCAGAAGGGAUUUGCAUUCAGGGCCCCAGACGUGGGUUUGCCCAUCUAGAAACCAUGGCACUAAGUGUGAUACCAUGGACAACUUGAAAAGGGGUAACAGCGGACGACUCUGUUUGUGCUAAGUGGGCUGUUUGUCCUUACAGACAAUUAAAAAAAAAAAAAAAAAAAAAAUCCAUGUUCAGUGUAGAGAUUCCGGGAAGGAGCCGCGCCUUCCCCUAGUGCUGCUUUGUGCUCUGUCGGUUUCCCUCUCCCUGCUGACGGCCCUCCCCAAGCCCAGCCUGACAUUUACCUCUGGCACUGCGGUGGGGCGAGGCUCCCGACGGGGCGCCUCGUGCUGGAGAAAGCGCCCACCCCUGUCUUCUUGUCUGCCGGCUCUGGGGCGCUGGAGGGGCAGGGAACCGCGGGCGGAGCUGUGAUGGACACUCGGCCGAGAUUUUGGUGGCGAUGACAAAGGGGUGACUAUUAUUUGUGAAGAUAUAUACUCAGAGUGAUGUGCGUGUGUGUGUCUGUGUGUGCAUGUGGGUGUCUUAUUAAUGGCAUUAGCCUCUCCUUGCUGUAUCUUUUGUUUCUGGGUUUGUUUUUUUAUUUGGUUGGGGUUUUUUUCUUUUUCUUUUUUUUUUUUGGUCUUUUUAAACGAACAGAAGCCUCUGCUCUAAGAAAUGUUGCAAUUCCCUGUUGUUUUAUUGGCAAGUGGCACUUUCUCCUCUUUCAGAAGGACACCAAUACACUCUUGGCUUAAAUUACCGGGAGCAUUCCAGCUAAGGGGGGGGGGGGGAGUCUUUUCACUAAUACACUUUUGAAAUCUGAAAUUAGGUUAGUUUUCAGCCAUUUUUAGGAUCAUCUAGAACCAUGUGUCUCAAAGGUGUGUUUUUACUCCCCGCAACAGGGUCCGGGUGGUCGGGCUGGUGGUGGUGCUUGGUAAAAAUGCAGACUCCUGACCCCGGGUCUCCGGGGCUGGGGCUGGACGUCUGUAUUUGAUGCCAUCAGCCGGGGCUCCAGGGCUGCCUCAAGUCUGAGGACCCCUGAUCCAGAGGUUUCCGAGGAGCCCUCUCCCCCGAGCAUGAGGGCCCAGCGGGGAGGGGCCGUUUGGCAUCGCAGGCAGAUGCUCGUGAAGCCAACACCCAGGAAAGAUUGCAGGCUGGCGGAAAAUUAGAUCUGAAAUUUUUUUUAUCAUUUUGAAGGAAAGGUUUUAAUUUUAAUGGGCCAGAGUACUUUGAGAAGGGUACUUUUUAUAGCCCUAUGCUUGUUUUAUAAAACUUUUAAUACUAAAAGCAUUAAUAGACCAAACGUCUCCAGCUCGGUUAGCUGCAUACCUUUGUACGCAUCUGAUGAUUCAGAAUUCAAAUGGCUGUAGUUACAAUUUCUCAGGUAAAUAAUUGUUUUCCCAAAUUUCUACCGGUCCCCCCAUUAUUAGGAUAAAUUUUGAGACAGCGUAAAACCUCAAAGUGCAGUAGACUAAGUCUGAGCCCAGUUCCCGUGGAAGCCAAAAGGGGCCCUUGCCCGUCUCUCACUGCGCUUGCUCCCACCCCAAGGGCUACCUCGGCCUGCGUGGCCCCAAGAGGGCUCAGGCUCCCCAGGUAGCUCCGUCCUCCGCCUGCGCUUGGUUGCCCGAGGCCUGGGGCCCUUGCAGAUUUGAGAGGCGUCUGCGCGCUGGCUUUGCCCUACCCCACUGUUAAGUAAGGUGUGCCUUGCUUUAAGCAAACUGAAUGUGAAAAUUAUGAUGUAGAAAUCUGGAUUCAUUUAAAAGAAAAACUGGGAUUUAUCUCGUCUCUUUAAAAGAGGUCUCCCGAGCAGAUUCUUAUACUGGUACUCUUCCUAGUAGAUUUUAAAAUGUUCACUUUAAGAAGAAUGACUAUUCCCACCCCUUCACCACUGUCCAUUCUGUCCACCCUCCCAUCACCCUAGUGACAGAGCAAUGAAGGAAGCCCAGGGGAGCCGAGGACGGCCGCCGCGUCUUGGAGGUGCCCUUUGCUGAUGCUGAGUUGCCAUCCUGCCUGUGUUCUCCAAGCUCAGACUUCCCUAGUUCCGAUACAUUUUUGUAAAACUGGGCACACCUGUGCUUUUAGAAAGGGAUUGUUUGGUUUUGGUUUUGGUUUUGAGAAGUCUUCCCAUAUACACUUUUGAUACAAUAUUGUAGGGUCUGCUUUUACUUUUUAAGGUGACAUUGCUUUUCGGUAGUGUUCUCACACUCCCUUGGAUGAAUGUUUGCUCUCUAGAGACACAGGUGACCCCUGGCCACUGAGCAGGCUGGCCCGAGAGGGACGCGGCAGGAGCAGAGUGAUGUCCGUGCUCUGGGAGUUUGGCCGAGGUCACUGCUAUUACUGAUGUUUACCCCUGGUCACAGAGUGCUCGUUGGAAAAGACAGUUGGAGUUCAGUUCCUACAGCGGGGGGGGGGGGGGGGUGCUUUUACUGAUGUUAUAUUAUAUGUUAUUUUUAUUGUCGUUAAAUGCAAAUGUUGCUAUUUAUUUUUUUUUCUUUCUGCUCUGGUUCGAUUUGGCCGAUGUGGAUAUCCCAGUGCAUGUGGUACCUGAUGGAUAUGAUAGAAAUUAUUUUCCCCAACUUUUAUAAAUUGCCUAAUGUUUACCUGCAAGUUUGCCGGAUGAUUUAUUUUUGAAAGCCACAAAUGUAAUUUUUCUGGAUGAAUUGUUUUUCUUAUAUAUGCAGCAAUGUAAUUUUACAUUGAUCUGCAGGGUGAUUUAAAUUUUAUUUUUACAAGGCAGUUUUUCAGUCAAAUUAUAUAUUUGAUACAAUAUGUUAAGGGUAGACCAGCCAAGCGUCCUGCAGUAGUUGGGACCCAGACUGUGUCUGGGGGGCCUGGGGGGCUGGGACGGCUUCUCUCAGUUGCUCGUCGUCAUGGAAGCACUUGGCUUGUUUCAUGGAGCCGUCAGGAUCUGGAUGUACUCCUUCAACGGGACUUUGAUCUGGUGGACAGUUAAAAGGAUUUUUCAUGGGCAUUUUCCACACCUAAGGCAGUUCCAUUAGGAGGAGCUUUAGAAGUUGACAUAAUCCAGACAGUGGACAAUCCCAGUGGCCCAGACAAGCCAUAGAAAUCUCCCUGUGACCUCUCUUUGACUCAUCUCUCACGCUCAUGAGAAAGGAAUGUACAAUAAACAGAAACUUCCUCAGUGUUUGUGCGCCUCACUUUCAGAAUGCAAAUAUUUUAUUUAUAUUUUAAGCCCUUCCCCAAAGUAACGAAGAAGAUUCUCUCUAGCCGCCCUGCCUGCAGGCUCGGCUGCAGUGACGCGUGCUCAGUGUAGACAUGGUGCACGUGUAACUCUGUGUGACACACACAUGCUGACUCUUUUGUAAGGAAAAUUUUCAACUCAAAAUAAUUGCACUGAUUUUUUGACAACUUCCUUUUUAUUAUGUCCAACUUUGCAUCUGCUGUACUUGUUUGAAACGAUUGUAAAUAGAUUUAGGUUAGCAAAAAUGAUCUGAACACAACACAUCACUCUGUUGUAGGGACUGCCAUGUUUCCAGUAUUAUGUGUUAGAGCCGCGUGGGCUCCACUCUGCCUCCGUAGCCGCAUGUCUGUUGACCAUUCAUGAAGGACAAACGAGCCUCGUGUUCUUGUUUCUCAGAAAGGAAGUUUGCAGUCUGUUGAAAGGAGAGUCCGCUCUCCCCUUGAGGUCUGAAGAUUUGCUUUUAAGAGGAUUCAUUCUAAAGCCUUUGAACGCUUUUUGGGUCUGUGUAAUUCCUUGUUGUUUUCCCGUGGCUCCUUGACGCAUUUUCUUCUGGUCCCAUCCAGCAUCUGACGGUCUGGAUAGGAAGCCCCUGUGUGGCCAGUGGGAACAGACCGCUAGUGAGGGGCCCCCCCGCGCUUCUGUCUGGUCAGCCGUCGUUCUGAAGACAUGAGAUCACUGUGGUGUCAAAAGUGUCAUUUGCGGCUUAUCCCAUACAUACAUAGAUGCUAGAGAGACCUGAAAUCCAGUGCUGUUCCUUUAUACCUUGUGGUAUUGCUAGAUUAGAAGUAUGUGCUGCAGCCCACAGUGUGUAAUUGUUUGUGGUCAGGCUACCCAGUAUCGGACACACACAGGAGCUUUUAGACCUGAACCGGUCGUGAGUGUGUGUUCGACGCCAUCGUGGUGCCCUCCCUAAUGCUUUGUUGGUUACGUUUUGCCAUUUUAUUGUCUAAAGUGAAUGUAUUGGCUUAGCCAAAUCACUACAGAAGGUGGUUUCUAAAUACCUUUUAGUUUAAAAAGAAAUAAAUGCAGAUAAAGGCUACCUCUGAAUUCUCAGUAGGUUCACGCUUGCUCUUAAGCGUAGCUGUCCACACUGAAAAUAGCCAAAAUGUUGCCUGAAUAAACUGAAUGGCGAACAUCUCUCUCUCUUCAGUUCUGGCUUGAAAACGUGUGUGCCAUACUGUGACCCGUUGGGCAGUCCCCGUCUCGCCUUUCGGGGGUAUCAGAGGCAGACCGGGGACUCCUCAGGGCUGCCCACCUCAAUAAUGUAGGGUUCUAGGCAGCCAGCGGGCAGAAAAUGGAAAAGCUUCCCGUGCCGUCCUCACAGGCUGGCGGGGGCAUCUCCACGCAGGGCCAGGGGUGGGGGAUCCUUGACAGCCUGCUGUCCCGGCUUUUCACUUUCCUGUUUGCUGUAAGAAAGCACUUUCUUCUCUGUUUUACUCAUGAAUGGGUUGGAAAUGGCUCCCUCUGCACUCUUCUCCCUUUUUAUACACUCUGUAAAAUCACGAAGGUGCUGGAACACCAACUCUCUAAAUAAUGCAUCUAAAGUGGCUGUAUGGUUUCAAAAAAACACGCAGUUAUAGUUGACCUUUGACUUUGGAGCCUUGAGUUACCAUCACGUCCUACUUAAACAUGAUCUGCGGUUUAAAAGCAAAAUGUUCUGUUCGAGUCCAAGGCCCUUUGUUGGAAAGGAACGCGGGGUCCACAGCCAGCAUUGAAGUAGGAGCUCCCGCUGCCGGCACCCUGGGUCCUCUGAUGCUAACUUACAGGCAGUCUGCCCCGAGAGAGAUUGCUCCGGCUCGGGGUACCCCUCCUUGUGAUCAGCCACUUCACUGUCAGAAUGUCCUUUGCCCACACGCUGUGUGUGGGUCCGUCGGUGUCACCCUCUGCCUUCUUCGCAUCUCGUCCUUAGGUUCUCUACGUUCUCUCAUCUUUGGAAGGUUCGAACUUGCUCCAAAACACCUCCGUUGGUUUGCGCUUAAAUUCUUGAGGGGCAGGCAGGUGGUUUUGCAGUCCCAGACGUCUGGGUGCGUGGAGGUUGCUCUGCUCCCUCACUGGAUGUUCAUCAGACACUGACGUUGGCCCAGAGAGGUUCCAAGUAUGACGUUACCGGGAAGGUUUUGCCUUUAGCGCUGUUGUUUUGGGUUUUGAUGCUUUUCAUGCCUCAUGGCGUGCUUUAAUUCUGAAAGAGCUAAGUGUCCUUUGCAGUCUUUCUAAGAAUGUUUUGUACUUCUGCGAUUACACUGUUUUGUAGAUACAGCCCACCCCAAGAUGCAUGGAUGUUUAGGGUGAGUACCCACAACAUCUGCUGACCUGCUUCUGGAACUGCUUGGGUGCUCUGGGUUGGCCUCAUUUUCAACCAGAAUCCCAUUCAGGGUGUUUCGGGGGACAUUGCACAGUGGCCCUCUCCUUGAUUCCGUAAUGUGAACUGUUGAACUCAGACCUACCCCUCAGCUUUUUGCAUACAUGUCUCCAGAAUCCUGGGGUGGGCCUCUCCCACCAUCUUUGCAUUCAUGAGAAAUUAUUUGAAAAGAGGGAACUGAAGAUUACUGGUGCUUUUGUUAACACUUUUCUCUUAUUGGUCGAUGUGAAACAUUUAGAUGUGUUAGCAUCUUUAAAUGCCCUUGGUGGUAUGACUGAAGAGUUGAAUCCUCACCUCGCUCCCAUCCCCUUUUUGGGGGGGUGGGAGGAGGCUGAAUUAUCUUCUAUUUACAACCUCCUUGGAUUUAAGUAGUUCAGAGUUAAAGCUAAAACACCAAAUAUUAACUCUUCCCCCCCAAGUGUCUCCAGGAACCUGGAUGUUGAGGCCGUCCUCCAUUAAGUACCUUCCGAAUCAAGGUCAUUAAAACCAUGAGUUGAUCCCGAGAACACCCCCCCCACAGGUUGGGGGUGCGAUGCAGGCUGACUGCUUGGCUCCUUGGCAUCACUUGGCAGAACUAAGUGCUUGUGUUGGGGAGCCGAGGCUCCUUGGAACUCUAGAGAGACUAUGGGAACAAUCUCGGGGCGGGGGGAGAGGGCAGGUCCCUCAGACCCUGGGAGCAGGCGGCACCAGGCCUUCCUCUGGUCUCCAUCGGUACCAGACUGAGCAUGUUCUGGAAGACCCAGUCUCAGCCUCUGUGCCUUUAAAGUCUGGUCCUCAGUGUCCUUUCGGAAUCAUGUUGGGGCUGUGUUUUUAUUGGGAAGUAAGCCUGUACCAUUCCACAAGUCAGUCAUUGACCUUCUGCCUUUGAAGCUGCAUCUGCUCCUCAGCUCCUGACUCGGUCAACUCUGAUGCCCGCGCGCACUGCCUCAUGUCGGAAAACGUGAGGUUCUCGUGGUCACAGGACUUCCUUCCCAAGUCCACGUCCGCUGGGGGGUUCCAGGAAAUCCGCGUCCGAUCCAUCUCUUAGUCAGGCACUGACCGUGGCCAUCGGCAGAACCUGGUGGCUUUGUCCUCAGAGUCACUCACCAAGCAUAUUUGGUGUCCUGGAACUAGGUUUUAAGAAGAGGAAUUGGAAUCGUGUGUCUGUGAAUUGCGUGUGAAGUCCUCAGACAUAAGGUGCUACUCAGUCCUACUGUGUCCUUAUUCGGGGGUGCUUCUGUUCGUGCCGCUCUGUUCUGUGUGUGCGGGGAAGCUGCUGACGGGUGAGCUGUGCAUAGAGGACUCCCAGUUUUGACAUGCCUAAAACGCAUUUUUUAUCUCUUAUCUUUUCCGAGCCAGGUACUGAGCAGUUUCUUGGCUGAUGGUCUAAUUAAAAAACAAAACAAAACAAAACAAAAAAAACACCUUACCCUGUCAAGGGAUGAUGAUUUUAUUGCUUUUAAGUGGGGGAAAUAAUCCAAUGUUAUUUAUUUUUAAAAUGCAUAGAAACUCAUUCUUGGCGGCUCCUCUUGGCCCUUCCUUCUACUGAACUGUCCAUUUUGAAAGGCAAAGGUCUUUCCCUCGGCAGAGGCACUGGCUGCAGAGGGGAGGAUAUGUUACUAAUUUUGGUUCCUCUUCAAAGCCAAAUAUACAUGUGACCGAAAUCCUGAAAGUAUGUAGUUUUAGCACUAAAUUGAAAUUUGAGUCCUGAGUUUGAUAGUGGUUUUUAAUGUAGUUGUUUAAGGUAUGAAUUCAUAUUUUAUAACCGUAGAGGCAAGUGAGUUUUUACUUUUUAAAAAGUUUUAAGAGCAUAAUUGUAAGUUUCUGUGCAGCAGAGUGGCUAACUCAUUAAAUACAAGAAAAGAAUGUAGUGUCUACAUGCAGAUUUGUCUUACCUCUGGUACACUGCAGAUUACUUACCUAAUACGUAUCGAGGGCUUUUAACCCUGAGUUUUAUCAACUUUUCUAGUUUUAUUUUAUUUUUAUAAAAUAAUUGAAAAAGAACCAAAAAUGAAUUCAGAAGUUCCAUAGGUAGAUCUUGCUUGCCCCUUCUUAAUUUCCCCCACAAUAAAACAUUUUAGAAGAUAUUUUGAAUCAAACCGUAUUGUGACCAUUGAAAGUUUACUGUUUUCUAAGAAGCUGAGCAGCUACAGGGGUGCCCAUCAGGCGGUCCCGUGCGUGCCGCCUGCGGACCCGUCCGGAGCUGUGAGGCCGGUCUCUUGCGACAGCGUCUUGUGCUUGUGGUAGAGAAACCGUGCAGUGCUGUUUUGUAAAUUCAAAGUUCCUGUAUAAACUAGUAUUUAUAUACAUUGGCCUCUCUGUAUAGUUUCUCAUUUGCGACAUGAAUUGUAAAAUUCGUUAUAAAAUUAUAGUACCUGCUAAAUACACUUCUGAGGCUUCACGUCCUUGUCUCUCGUCUCAUGCCAUUCCCUGUGUGUUGAGGAUGUCCAAUGCUUGCAUGAUGCUAGGUGGUAAUGCCACUGUAACUCAAGCCUUAAUCAGAUGUUAAAAUUGUAAGUUUCAGAGUAUGCAAAAAUAUUAGGCAGUGAGUUUAAACUGUUCAGAUCAAGAUGCUAUAUCAUAAUUCUACCAGUCUUUUCUCCAGAGUUACAAGGGAAACUAUCAGUGAUCCAGAUCUCUUGCUCUCUCUCUCUCUCUCUCUCUCUCUCUCUCUCUCUCUCUCUCGUCUGGCUGGGCCGUUGCCAUUGCUUGAUGAAAAUGGACCAUUGUGCAUUUUGGUGGCAGUCAGUCAAGAAGACCUCUUCUGAAAGUCUAGAGACUUUUUCAGGGUUACUUUUAAAGGUUUGGUUUUUUUCCCUCCAGUCUGAGAUUUAUUUAUGGCUGAUGGAGAGUAUGAUUUGGGCAUCAGUCUUACUUGCUAACCUGCUCACAUUCUAAGCUUUCUUCAGGUAGUGCCACCUGCCAUCGCUUCUGCAUAGGAUUAUAUGGAUUUUUGUUUUUGUAAAAGCAUCUUAAAUUUAGACAUAAAAUGGAGGGGACCCAGCUUUCUUUACAAUGUGGAUCUACCUCAGUUAAACAGUUGGGUGCUAUUUACUAAGUCUGUCAAAUUGGAAAAAGUAACCAAACAGCAAGAUAUAACUCCACACAAAGCUUGAAACCAUAAUUUCCGUUUAUUUAAUAAAUUUUUAUUUAUUUUGUGCCUUUUGUGUUGAAUCCUAAUGCAUUGAAAGAAAUCCAUAUGAAAUGGAGUAUUUUCUAUUGCAGGUGGGGAGAAAAGCCCAAUUGGCCAUGGAAUUUGAUAGAUUACCCCCAGCCAACUAGUCACGUCUAUUGAAAUCCCAACUGCCCUCUUGUGAAAAGAAAAGAAAAAAAUGUCCAAGAGCAAAUUAACAUUUUACAAACAAAUUCCAAACUCUUCUAUGCAUAUACCGACAGCUCUCUCUUCAUUUUCUGUGCCAAUGAAGAGGCAGCCACGAACAGCUCACGCGCACUCUUCCUGUGACUUGUUUGGCCAUCCGCGCCCCCCUUCUCCUCUGGCAUAGUGUGUUUGUUUCCCGUGCAGCCAGUGGACUGUUGUCCAUCCUGGUGCAGGUGCUGGCACCCACGGGCGGCCAGGGGAAGAGGGGUGCGGGGGGCCGGCUGGAGAGGAGGGGAGGCCUGCACUCAGCAGCAGGCCCGGGGUCGCCAUGAGUUAGGCAAGCUUUCUGGCAGGUGAGAAACUAAGGUAGGAGAUCGAUGAUUUUCCAUGCUUUUAUAUUUGGCAGUUUACAAUUCUAGACUUUUCCUACGAUGGUGAUCUUUUUUAACUUAAUUCUUUGGAGGUAACAAUAUUUUGGAGUCUUAAGAAUUUGAUUUUAUACCAAUAAGAAAUAAAAAGUAGGGCUCUUUCCUGUAGUAUAUAGUUUUACUAUUUUAAAGAGAUCUCUGAAUUUUACAAGAGGACCAACAUUCCUUAGUGGCAAAACUUUUGAAAGUUGAUUUGGGAGGCUUUUUGCUGCAGGAUCUCGAAAAAAAAUGGAAUGAUUCUAGUUAAAUGUUUUCAUUGUUAAGCGUCCAUCAGGUCAGUACUUCAGCUCUAUUUUGUAAAGAGUCGCUCCCCAGUUAGUAUGCUGCAUAUACAGAUCAGCAUUGUUGCACUUUCUCAGUAGUGAUGAGUGCCCCGCAAUUGGCUCACCAGUCAGCAUUUUGUUCUUUGACCUAACAAGAGUACUUUGGGGCAGGUGAUUAAAUUUAUAUAGGUACCUCAAGAAAAAGAACCUGAAUAUGCUGCAUUUUAUUUCUUUAGCUUUUAUAUGUAGCAUUGUUUUGCUCUUAUUAUUUUGUUUUUAGAUCUAUGCUUUUUGGACCCCACUAGACUGUUGAAAGAAAUUUUAAAGUUACUCUUGUCAGGACACAGUAUCCUUUGUUUUUGUCUUUUUAACUCCAGUAUCUGGUUCAAAGGUUGCCCACCAGUAGAAUACUACUUUACCCAAAUAUAUCUGAGAAAAAGGGUACCGUGUGUGCAAGCAGACAAUAAUGUUCCCAGUCCUUUCUGUUCAUGCUGCUUUCUUAAUUCUUUUCUCCAUGUCAUCAAGAGGUUUGGAGAACUUCCUCCUAAGGUCGGACUUAGACAUGAUGGCAUCUGAAUGUUUUCAACACAGACCUCACAGAAUUGCCAUUGAGUAAGUAGCAUGAUCCUAAAGGAAUCCCUGGCCUCAGGCAGCCGGACGGCUCUGGUCUCCGAAAGAGCCAGUCUUCGCGUUUCUCCAUCCCCAGCACUCACCCUCACCCAGCAGAUGGGGAGUGGUCUGGAUUGACAAAAGAUAAACUGGUGAAGAGAGCUAAAGGCUGAGACACUGAGCAUCUAUUGUCGUGUUUAAGCUUAGCUGGGUCCUUUCGAGUUUGUUUUACAGCUUUACUAGGUUACGUAGUUUGCACUAUUUUUGCAAUAAAUUCAUGGAAAACCUAACAGUUAACUUGUUUUGUUUCUUACUGUGUGUAUAUAAACUAAUACUAAAAGUUUGGCAUAGUGUUUUUUCACCUCCUACAUAACCCUUAACAUGCACAGAAUGCUGUAAAUCUGAUAAAAUAUGAUGUGAAUGAUAUUUUAUAAAGUUAUUUUGUAUGGUGUCAAUUUUGUUUUGCCUCAUAGUAUGUCAGCAAAAAAUAAAAUAAAAUUCCUCAUAUUUACAGCU